AUGGGCGGCUUCGUUACUCCACACACACAGGGCUUUAACGGGCUGUUCCGGCAGCAGUGGCAGGACUUCCACGUGACGGAGAUGGUGGUGGUAGACGGCGGCUCAUCCGUGAGGACGCGUGGAGAGGCGGCGCUGGCGGUCGCGGAGAAGGACGGUGCCAGGCAGGCAGUGAAAGAUCUGGAGAGCUGUGGCGGCCGCCCCCUAUCUCGCGACUUUAAGUUUAGCAUACCACCGCUGCCGUCAUCGCUUAUGGAGCAGGUGGAGGAGGGGGGUGGAAGCGAAGGUCGAGGGGCCGUGGGCUAUCGUUGCGAGGAGACGCCCGAAGCAGCCGCGAAAGGUGCGCCAGCCGAUCCCACAGAGGCGUCAUUUUUUCAGGUCGACGUGCGGACGCGGAUCCAGCAGCUGCAGAAAGAGACUGUGCCGGCGAAGGAUCGGCAGGCGGCUGUCGAGGCGCUUCGACGGGACGAGCAGCGUCAUGGGCCACGGAUGCCGUCUGCGGUUGCGCCAGGCUCCGCUGCCGUUGAAGGUGAUGCAGACGUCAUGUCAAGCCGUGGCGGGACGCAGGGCUCGUCAUUGUGUGGACGCACGGGUGCACUGUGCGAUGAUGGCGCCAGCACCGGUGCGGCACUGCCCGAGUACGAGACAACACUGCUGCGAUGCGCCUCCGGCGAGUGUGCAGAAAGCGACGAUGAUGCCUCCCACCGCAGUGCUGACGGUGAGCGGCAUCAUUACCUCCAAUGCACCCUUCACAAGCAGCACAUGGCUCACGGGAACGCACUGGCUCACAUCGCACAAACUCUGCGCAUUCACCCGCGCAGCAUCAGCGUCGCCGGCAUCAAGGACUACAUUGGAGACACGGUGCAGCGGGUGCGACUCGAAAGCGUCUCACCUGCGGCCGCCCUUGAGGCAAACCGGCGGUUUCGACGCAAGGGCCUGCCAAUAAAACUGUCUGACUUCUCCUACGAGUCGCGGCCGCUGAUGCCAGGCGACCUGUUCGGCAACCACUUCCACGUUGUGCUACGCGACGUGUCGGUGCCACGAGCUGCACUAGCGGAUGCCAUCGCGGCCUUUGGCGAGAACGGCUUCCCCAACUACUACGGUUGCCAGCGGUUUUCAUGGUUUGGUGGCAAGCAGGACGCGGCGUUCGCGCUGCUGCGGCACAACUGGCUGGCCUUUGCUUUCCUGUUUCUGAACUACACGGACAAGGACCGCUCGCUGCGGGAGCUGCUGCAGCGGCCAAAGAAGUACCCGCACCCGUCCCAGGACGAGUACCGCCGCCGCGUCGUGCGCCGCCUGCGCCAGAUCGCGGUCGAGCCCACUGACCUCGACGUCGGCCCGUUCCUGUCUUGCCCCCCUUUGAGCGCUGUCCUCACGCACGCCGACGGUCAGCCUUUCAGCAAGCUCGAGGAGCUGAUCUGCGCGCAGUUGCGCGACGCCUACUUUGACUUGCAUUCACAGAGUCGCAGGCUGACGGCGCAGCGGCUGUCGAGCUUUCUCUGGAACCAAGUGCUGACCCUCCGCCUGCACCACCUGGGUGGUGCGCGAGUACUGGACGGCGACAUGGUGGCCCCUGCCGCAACUCGGCAGCUAUCCACCAGUGUCGAGGAUCGACGAGACUGGUUUCACACCUUUGGUGACCGCGCCACGGCAGAGAAUCGGCAUCGCUACACUAUUCAGGAUGUUGUGCACCCGGGUUUCUCCUUCGACGGCAUUGCGCUGCCGCAGAACAUCAUAGGCGCCUACUACCUGCAGAUAUGCGACAAGUACAGACUUGACUGGAUGGCGCAGCACUCCAGGAGUGGCCUGAAAGACUUCCGCGAGCCGCCACGACCGAUCAUUCGCAAGCCGCUGGACCUUUCGUACGAGUACGAUGAAGCCGCGUGCGUGCUAACGUUGCGGUUUGCGCUGGAGCGAGGCUGUUAUGCGAACGUCGCGCUAUCGGAGCUGAUGAAGGCGGCGCGGUGUCUCGGCUCAGAGGCGGUGACAGUGCUGCCACUGCCAGAGUCUCUGUGGAGCGGCCUGGGCGAGGGGGACCAUGGGUAUGUUACGACGCUCCAGGACAUCUACGAGGGCUAUGAGGACGGUGUCGGCUUUGUGAACGACGAGGCGCACGUCGAGGUAGCCAGCGGGUCCGAAACGAAGGUAUGGGACCACCAGGGGCCCCUGUUCCUCCCAGAGGCGCAGGACCCCUUCCGCAAGGCGCACCGCUGGGGUAGUCAGCACCUCCUGCGCAACUCCGAGCGCCGCGAGCGGGAGGCGGAGGACAUGAAGCGGCUCUUGUUCGACAGUCCACUUGCCAAGCAGCUGAAGGAGGGCGAGGUGGACACUUACGCAGGUCACAUUGUACCACUGCCUCCCAACGCAUCCGCGAAGCAGGUCUACGCGAAAGUGAUGCAACGCAAGCAUCGCUACGCUGGAUCGCCGCGGAUGGUGCCGCGCAUGCGACGGUUGACAGCGCGUACGUCGCACCGCACCGGCAGUUCAGGCUCGACGAAGUCGCUACCGUCUUUCCAGUCACUCAGCAAGAACUCGUGGAACUUCACCUGGUAG